AUGCGCAGGAGCCCACUCAGGACGGUCAGGCAGCCCGCAGCCCGCAUUGCCUGUCGCGGGCACCUCCAGUGGCUGACCUCCUCGCCAGGCAUUUCGCAGGAAUUGUUCGAUCGAUUUAGCUUCUUCGCCGAAUACGCGGCCGGCUGCCACGACGGCGUCGACUGCGGUGCGGGCAAUUGCCCCAAUGUGACCAACGCCAAUACCACCACGGUCGCAGAAUUCAACUCCACCAGUCUCUACAACCAGGGAGUGUCCGGCUUUGUGACGCUAGACCACACCAACGAGCUCAUCGUUCUUCAAUUCGGGGGCACCAACACGUGCCCGAAGGUCGAUGUCGACCUCGACUAUGACUUCGUCAACGUGACGACAUUUGGGGCAGCCUCGUGCUCGGGGUGUCAGAUCCACCAAGGGUUUUGGAGGACGUGGAUCAACACCAAAAACGUGACGCUGCCACCGGUGGAGAGGGCGAUGGCCCAGUACAGCGAGUACGAGGUUGUCUUCGUAGGGCACAGUCUGGGGGCCGCGCUGGCCACCGUCGGAGCCGCCGAGUUUCGUACGCACGGCCCUAAUGUCACCGUGUAUAGCUAUGCAUCACCCUCGGUGGGCAACUUCGAGCUGUCCGAGUUCAUCAGCAAUCAAACCAGCGGAGUGACCUACCGACUCACCCAUUCCGAUGAUAUCGUUCCCCGGAUCCUAUACGACGCGGCCUGGAUGUGGUUCAUCCCCGACUAUAGUCAGCUGUCUCCCGAGUAUUGGAUCACCACUCCCUCCUAUGUGACGCCAAAUGCAAGUUCCAUUCAAGAAUUGGAGGGCAUCAAUAAUACAGAAGGCAACCUGCAGUAUCGCCUUCGGGACGGACCAGAGCCGGCCGCCCAUCUCUGGUAUAUCCAGAACAUGACCAUUUGUCCCGGCCCGAUCCUGAGUCUCCCCGCAUGCUGUAACGAUACUUACCGCACACAGGAACUCUGCGAACUGCUCGGAGUCCAGAAUCUGACAGCUGCGACCGGGACCUGA